AUGCUACCUCCUUCCAAAAAAAAGAAAUCAAAUCUUUCAGGUAGAGUUGGUAUUGCAAAUGACCCACAAAAAGCGAUAAAUCAAUUAUGUUUUGAACAUUUUUAUAGAUCUGUGAAGUGUAGGAACCAACCAGAUUGCAAGAUAACACAAUUUGCUUGUCUCUGUGAAGUUAACAAAAAGGUACCACUAUUAGAUAGAGAAUAUUUGAAGGAUCAAAAAUUGAAAAUUGGAACUAUUGGAAGAUUUCAAAUUGGUACGAUUGAUAAAAAAGCAGUUGCCAUUGAAAAAAGAAAGCGAGACCGUGAAGUUAAUCAGCAGAUAAAAUCUGCUAACUCACUUGCUCCAGAAAUUCAAUGUGAUCAUUAUAUGGAUUGUGAUUUAGAUAAUAAAAAUGACUCAGAAACAGAUCCUGACUAUUCGAUAACUGCACCAGCUGAAAGAAAUCAAACUUAUUUAACAAACAUGGCAAAAGCCGCUAUUAGGUAUGAAAUAAGCGAUGUUGCAACAGCUGAUCCAGUUGUUGUUGCUGCAAUCAAAGAAGAAUACCAUCUAACAUUUACAGCAGAGAGUUGA